AUGAAUGAAGAGAUUAUGCCAGGAAUCGCAAGUGCUACGGGUCUCUUAGAAGCACGCAUUCGACCAACAUAUCGGCCGAAACCGAAGGUAUUUAUCGCAAAUAGUAUCAGUAAUUGAUUGCGCGACAAUAUAAUUUGAGAAACAGGUGACUUUAUUUUUAUCAAACAUUUUGAUUUUCAUUCGUUGGUAAAAAUGAAUCCAUCAUGUUUGCUUAUUAAUUUUAGGAACGAGUAUGUUACAAUUAUAUUUGAUUACAUUUUCCACAGAAGGUAAUCUAAAGUUGUAAUCGAAUUUACACUGAUGAUAAUAAAAAUAAUACCGAUACGAUUACAAUGAGACUGCUAUACGAUAAUUUCAUUUCAAAUGUGCACGUGAACGAACGACAGGUUACGAUCGAAUUGUUUCAUCGUGAUUGAAGUGUGACUGUAAUGCCAUUCUAUUAUCAUUGCUCUAUAAUUAGAUAAACAUGUUAUAAUUAGAUCGUGAUCACAUCUGUGAGCAGAUUGCGCCUCUAAUUACAUUGUAACGAAAUUGUAACUGUUUCAAUUACAAUCGAUUACCGUGGUAUAUUGUAAAUUAAUUUUCCCGAUGGUUCAUACCGUCGUUGUACAAUUAAAUAAAUAUCAAAUACUUUGUGCGAUUUCAAAUAUCAUCGUGACUAGAACAUUUGCAAAUACAAAUGAAAUAUUUCUAAAUAUUUCCAUUUGUUGUAGCACGUGGAACUUGCAGGUCUCACUAAACCAGCGCCCUUCAUUCUCAGACCUUUUUCCGGUCUUUUUAAUCCUUAUCCAUAUGGGUGUUCCAUAUUGUGCAAUCAUCCAGCCGACUGCGAAGCGAGAGAAGUCCUCAGACGUGCCAAAGAUACCUGGGCAACUGAAGGGAAAACUCUGUUGCUACCAGAGGAAAUGGAUAUGAUCCGAGCGAAUUUAGUUGCUGCGUGCAACAAUGCUACUGACGUAGGUGGAAACACUGGAGCUGAAGUGAUUAAUGAUGCCUCCACCGUCCCCGAGGAAUUAUUUCGAAAAUAUACGGAGACUGACUCGAGACCUUUGACCCCUGCACCUACGCUCGCCAGCGGUCCUGCUUUGACAAAUCGACCGACUCAGGAUGAGUUUCCGGUGACCUGCGAUCCACGAGAACGAACCACGUUAAUUCUAGACCUUAGAACGAAUUCGCUAAAGCAAAUGGAAAGCGAAACGCUCUCUUGGCACGCGUUAACUUUAGAACCACCGCCAACUCAUCGAAAAACUGAGAUUUUUGUCUGUAAACCGAGCUCGAGGCGUACGAUGCGUACACCGAAUCCAGCGGAUGUCCCGGACACGUUCCCGAGCAUAGACACUUACGAUGAAUCGAAUUCCAUGGAAGUGGGAAAAGCUGAGGAAGCAAGUAAAGAGGUGGCGGUAAUUCGUAGAAGAGGAAAACGUUUGCGUAAAGGGAAACGGAGGAGAGGAUCGGGCUACGGACAGCAAACAGAAGUUCGCGACUUGUUCGAACCAACCGAUACUCAAAUUUCACACAUAGGUGAUGGAUCUAGAAGAACAUCGAUCCAUACAAACAACAGUGAAGUAGAGAAUUUAGCAACCACUCCUAAAAAGAGUUCUGCAAUGAGUAACACACCUUCCAUGACACCUAGUUUCAUCGAUCCAGAUAUAUUGAAGCAUUUGUGCAGAGAAUUAGACAGCGAUAAAGUGGAAGCGGAAUUUUCAAUCAGAAGGAGGAUCGCGUUCGAGGAAGCUCUGCGAGUGAAAGGUGAGAGCUACACGCACUCCAGACGAUCUCCAAUGUUUUCAAAUCCCGCGCUGGUGGACACGCCGCGAGUAUUUUCCCGCCAAGCGGCUCGUUUCGAAAUUCUCGACAGCGGAAGUUUGCACGGACUAACGAUUCUGGAAUAUCUGAGCAAACACGUGUUCGUCACCUCGGGGAGGAAGUUGAUUUUCGGAAGAGUGUUCAACAAGUUUCAAGAGGACACGAUCGACAAUGCCCGAUUCAUUUCGCCGAACAAUAUUUUCGAGGCUCUUCAGGACAUGAUCGGGAAACCAAUAACUCAAGACCAAGAGACGUAUCUGAAUAACAUGAUCGGCGAGAUUAAAGGAUCGUUGAAUUUCAGAACUUGGUGCGGUUUGUGUGCCGCAGUCGAACGACUGCUGUGCCCGCUUCCUUCGAAGGAAGUCGAUGCAGCUACGUGGCUCGAAAGGGUGGAUUUCGAGAGCUUAGAGCGAAGACUUAAGGCCGGUAACGUGGAUCCGCAGCUGGCUCAGUUUUUAAGAGAAAUUCGCGAAAAAUAAUUCGCGAGAAUAUCGCGAUUCUCUCGCGAAAUUUCAAAAAUGUAAAAAUAUCGGAUCACGUUCUUCUCUCUAAUUUCUCUAGCUUGAGAAGAAAUUUCAGUAGCAUUAGCACGGCAAACUGUCUCAUUCAAAGGAUAAAGGAAAUACCGAGACUUCAAUUAUUUGAUACAUUUUUGUAUUUUUAA